AUGCCUCCCCGCAAACGUACCGCCGACGAAGCCAACGCCGACGGGCCCGCGACCUCCACGCGCGCCUCAAAGGCGGCAAAGACGGGCGACAAGCCCGCAUCCAAGGGCAAACCCGCGUCGAAAGGAAAGCCCUCACCAAAAGGCAAGAGCGCUGCUAAAGGAGGCGCCAAGAAGGGCCCGAAGGCACCCGCGCCGGCGUCGUUCAAGGCCUCGGCGCUCCCUCUGCACGUCAACAUCACCCACACGCCGCCGAGCAUACCCGACGAUGACACCACCAACGCGGCCACCGCCGACCCUGGCUCCCUGGGCCACCUCUCGCUCCUGCCUAGCACCUUCAGUACCGGUUCAUACGGUUGGAAGGGCACGAAGCGCAUACAGAUUACGCUCAAGGACCCGAACGACGAGGCGGGCGAAGGCGAGACGGUCCACGUACAGCUGCAGAUCAACGCUACUGUCCUAGGUUCCAAGGGCAAGAAAGAUGGCGCAGACGACGCGGAGGCGGAAGCAGAGCCUGCAGAGGAUGGCGAAGAAGACGCCGAGGAAAAGGUUGAAACUGCUGAGGAAUGA